CCCCCACUACGGCUGACAGAACCUGACCACUGCCGGCUGCAGGGGGUCCCCUCAGGUCUCGUGUUCUAAGCCGUGUGAGGGAAGGGCGUGGGUGGCCUCUGAUCUGACACGGUGGAGGAAGGAAGAGGCGACACCUUCGACGAUAUGAACACCGACCGCCUUAAACUGGAGUUACUGGAAGAAAGGCACCUGAAGUUGUCAGUUGUUACCUGUUGCCCUAGCUGUUUCUGUCUAUAGUAAUUUGCAGCUCCUUUGCUGGGCUUUGAGAAACCAGGGAUACAGUGCAACUCUCAGUGCUUGAAAUAAGACAGAAGAUAGCGGAACUGGAAGCCAAACUCAAUACUGACGAUGAAGAGUUUCACUGACUAUUGGGAGGAAGUGUCAAACUAAAACAUGAGCAGAAGUAAUAUAAGUUCUGCAUGAGGAGAAAUGGCAACUCAGGAAGCCUUAAAUACAUUGCUUAAACAACUAGAGAAAGAAAAAAGGAGUCUUGAAAAUCAAGUAAAAGACUGCACUGAGACUGGAACGAGAGUUAAAGGGUUACCACAAGACCAGCCGUGAGCGCUGUACAUACCUUGCCGAAAGGUCUCAGAGCACAGGCUCCGGACGCGCAGGCUCAGUGGCCAUGGCUCACGGGCCCAGCCGCUCCACGACAUGUGGGAUCUUCCCGGACCGGGGCGUGAACCCGUGUCCCCUGCAUUGGCAGGCGGACUCUCAACCACUGCGCCACCAGGGAAGCCCAAGAAGUGUUCUUUUAAGACAAAAAUAGACCUCUUAUUAGUUGGCGAUGUCACUGUUCAGUACCUGGCUGAUAUUGUACAGAAAUUCUUUUCAAAUUUAGCAAAAAUCACCGUCAUCAUUAGUGAUGUGAAGACGGUAGCAGCACUUGUGGAUGAUUGCACGUUCAACAUGGUUUUUCUGAAGUUGACCUCUUUACCAACUGCCGAGGAGCUGGAAGCUGUCAGAUUAAUUAGAUCUGGCAAGAAAAAAAAUACACAUUUGCUCUUUGUUUUUAUAAUCCCUGAGAACUUCAAAGGUUGUCUUUCAGGUCAAGGAGCUGAUAUUACUUUAUCUGAACCACUGACAAUGGAAAAAAUGAGUGUUGUGAUAAAAUACUGGAAAACAUGUCUCUCAAAUACUGUUAAGAAUGAAAUUUCUGUGAAGCCUGAAGAACCUGAAUUGCCCCUGCAGAAGUCCUGCAGUGAACACCUGAGAUAUUUUUCUGCAGAUCUAUUUGCUCGCUCUGAAUCUCUAAGAAAUGACAUUGGGUUUGAAUUAAAGGAUCCGUUGUCAAAUUUCGAGAAAAACAAAAAGAUUUCUGUUCUUCACUCAAGCAAGGAAAAGCUGAGAAGAGAGCGAAUCAAGUAUUGCUGUGAGCAGCUGCGUACCCUGUUGCCGUAUGUGAAGGAGAGAAAGAAUGACACAGCUUCGAUUCUCGAGGCAACAGUUGACUACAUGAAGUAUGUCCGGGAGAAAAUCCCUCCAGCCAUCAUGGGCCAGAUUACUGAAGUACUUCAGAUCAAUAGGAGGUUUUGUAAGAAACGACAAACGCCCAUCCAGCUAUCCACCCCAGGCACGAUUAUGGCACAAAGAGAAAACAGUGUGUUGACAAGCACUUAUUCACCUGUGAGAGGGAUCAGAUUCCUGGCUAAUAAACGCUUGAACGUGUACUCUGUUCCUGCCUCCGGGGCUCCCUUGGAUGAAGCUGUGAGAGGUCAGUCGAGCUCUGCGUCAGAGAACACUGUUGGCGCCGUGUGUAAAACCCGAAUCCCCAGCACAGCUCACUCUCUCAAUUCCUUCCGUGCUGUCAGAUACUAUUCUAAAGUCGUCCCUUCCUAUGAUGCCGCUGCCGUAACAAAUCAGAACAUUUCGGUACAUUUUCCAACAGCUGUGCCCAAAGUCUCGAAGUUUCUUCCUCAGCACUGCAAUUCUGUGUUGGGCCAGGCGUGCGCAGCACACCCCAACUGUCUGCAACAGUUUUGGGCGUAUUAAUAGCACAUGUUUGAAAUUCACACUCUAGACCACCUACUGGGUGCCGUUUGACAAUACAAGAAGAAUGGAACAAAGAAUGAUCUUGAAAGCUACACCCGGAGACCUACUAUCAAAAGGGUUUGCAUUGUAUGGCUUCUGAUAAAUGUGCUAAAAGCUUCUGCAGUCAGAAAGACAGGCAGCAAAAGUGCUAGCCAUAGGUUUUUACUUACCUUCACACAUACUUGGAUCUCCCCCAACCCAGGUGCUACAAGAACAAACUGCCUAGGUGAGCUAGACUCUUUUUUUUUUUUCUCAAAAAAUAUUCCACAAUUUAUGCGAAAGGUACAUGAUAAAGAAGAUCCACGUAGACUGGGUAAAGUGCAUUGGUGUCACUAAGUACAGAUGUUGCAACUUGAUUCUUACUUUUAGUAUCACUGUGAAUUACUGUCACUUAUUUCUAGGUGGUAUCGUUUCCAGAUUUGACAUUUGAGAGAGCUUCCUUGGCUAUUCACUAUUCAAACUCAGAUACCAUAGUUUGAGAGAGGUGUUUACCUCCUCACUUGACUACUAAUGAAUAAACUGACAUGUUUGUUUUUGCAUUUCACCAUCCCUUGAGUGAAAUGAUAGCUAAUAGGUAAAUUUUUCUUUCUGGCUCUUUAGUUACAGACUAGCAGGCCUUUCUUUGUUUUUCAUCUCCUUCUUCCUAUGGGUAUCAGAAAAGAUUGCCGAAAAUAAGGGGAGAAAAAUGUUUGUUUUAUAUUUCACUAAAAUGUUCUUAUGCAUAGUAUAAGUAUUAUUGUUAAAGAAAAUAUUCAGUUCUGACCCUCAAAACGGUAACCCAUUUUUGUUCUGUUCAAUAAAUAUGGGUUCCCUCUUUUAGUAGUACUGUGUAGGGACUUUCAUUUUACAAGAUUUUUGAGGAUUUGGAAAAUUACUUUCGGCAUAGCCAAAUUUUCAUGUUAAAUUGUGUAACUUUUCUUUGAGGAUGGCAUGGUAAUGGAAUUUGUAGAUGUUUGACAAACUUGA